CCUUUGUCGGCGAAUCAGUAAACAUCUUGAAACACAAAAUCAUCAAAUUGGAAUACAUGUCAUCUUCAACUGAAGACCAUGAACCGUUCGCUACGACAAACGGCAAGUCCGAUUCGAGUCAAGCCGACACUGAAUACAGCACGGGAGACCCGAGAUCAAGAUACGAUUCACACAUGAUCAUAAAACGACGAGAGGUGAAACGCGAGUCCAAACUAGUAAUAGCGGGACUCGGUACAAAACGAGUUUCGAAAACGUCUGAGUCGGGUUUUGAUGACGGCCAGUCUAUACGAACCGGAUCCCCGACUGGCUCAACGUUAUCGGGAUUUUUCCCAGCUCGCAGUAAGAAAUCAAACGAGAAAAUAGACAAAAAGUGGCUGGAAAUUAUGGCCAACUCUCAAAACCGACAUGAUGUUACGGCUCAGAAACUUUUGAACAAAAAGUUUAACAUUUAUCAGCAGCGGAGCAACACGCCUUCUGUUCGCAAAUUCAACAGCGAGCGUAAAAUUCAGAGAGUAAAUGACCCGAAGUCGAGUUUCGGCUCUGAAGUUCUUUCGCUUCCAAAGCGAGAAAACUCUUUGUUGCGAAGUUACUCCGAGAGCGAUAUUUCACAAGUGCCAACAACCAACUCUUCAGUGCCCGAAGCCUCAGAAACCGACAUUCGAGUUACGGAAUCUGAGAUGUCUGGAACUGAUUCUGACAAACAUACAGCCAGCUUGGAAAUGACUGGAAGUAGCCAAGAACAUCAAAAAGGACGAACUGGGAGUUCGCAUUUAUCUGUUGGAUCAGUUGACAUACAAAUUACAGGACACACGAUUGACGGGCCCAGCACCCAAACUAUUGUCCAGAACGACAACGGUGGAAACAGCGAUUCGGUUCAUACAAAUGGUGGGCAAACUAGCAUCCGAGUAAAUUAUGAAGAUUGUUCCAAAACGAGGACUGUUGAUCCUGCAACUGGUCAAAUCAUUAUAAAUAUCGUAACUCCUGCCAGUCGUUACGACGACUCAAACGUGCAGUUUAAAGAUUCUUCGGGAGCUGCACCUGGUGCUCAGAACGAGGCGUCUCGUAUCGAAGAAACGAAAACAAAUGACACUUCGGUUAUUUCUGUGCCUCCGCGAGCCAAUCAACAAGCAGCUGGACAGUUCGUUUCGACGAACGAAGGAAUUCCGCUCAUUAAGCCUAAAAAGAAGAAAAGAGGCUGUCGGUGUUGUUUCUGCUGUACGUGUAGGUGUGGUGUUUCAGAUGACGAGGAUUUCUGAGCACAAGUGUCGUUUUUUCAAAACAAGUUGAGAAAAGACUAAAGAAAAGAUGGGAAAUGAUUUUGGUUUGACUUUGUAGAUUUUCGAAUUUUUUCAAGCUACCUGAAAACCACAUUUUUAAAAUAAAAUUGAUCUUUUUGAAGCAGUCGUACUUUAUCUUUUUUCGUCGUUGGUUUUGUCCGAAUUGUAUACGAAUAAAUCCCUCACGACAGAAAUACUGAAUUAUUGAAGUCAUAAUGUAGAGAGUAUCCGAAAACUUAAAGAGUGCAAAACCGACUUGAAUAUUAGACAUUUCAAGGAGUGAAAUUAGUUGACUGAGGAACUCAGAGACAUUUACAGAGAUUCUUGAUUUCUUGCAGAUGAUCAGUUUUGCGGCUUUUAAGGACAAACGCUGGGCAAAAAAAUUUGGUUGCCGAGAGAUUUGAAGGAACGAACGAAAAAAAAACAAUGUUAGCGACUUAUGUGUUUUUUUUUAGAAACACGUGAAUUUAAUAUUUGAAUAUAAUGUAGGAUGAAGUAUGUAUUUUUUUACGAAAUAAUUUAUCUGUCCAACAAUAUAUAAGAUUGAGCAUGUUCAGGCAUAGUUAUAGUGGAAUCAUGUGACUAAACUUUUUGAUUGACUUGGUCAUAUAUUUUGCAUUUCUUGCUGUAGACCGAAAUGUGAUU